AUGGCACUUUCUGGUGCCUCGAUUGACCCAUGGGGACUUUCACUGGCACUCAGUCGAUUGAAAAACGCAUCGGUUCGAGCUCCGUCGCUCCCUUUGGGUAGUCUGAGAAAUCCAACCCCCAGCACCCUCCAACAGGACGCAUUUGAUAUCCCUCUGAAGACUUCGAAUCGCUAUCCCUACAUUCCUCUGGAACCAAGCAAGAAUCAGAUUCGAAUUCUGCGUAGAAAUUCUUCGACGGAUACGGGACCCUUGAAAUUUACAAUGCAGGCGGUAUCUUUGGACACUGAACCCACUUACGAAGCUCUGUCAUAUACCUGGGCUGACGAGACCGGCAACACGGAUCAAGAUGAAAGCGUCAUUAUUGAUGGGCAAGCGAUUGCGGUGACUCGAAGUUUGGAAGCUGCGCUGAGGGCUAUUUUUCUCGACGAUCCGACAAAAGCUUUGUGGAUUGACGCUAUUUGCAUCAACCAGGUGGAUGUCCACGAAGUCAACGAACAAGUACGCAAGAUGAGUACUAUCUAUGAGAGUGCAAGCGGCGUUAUAGCUUGGCUUGGAGGCGACUAUUCUAACUCGACAGAAGCAAUCAAGUUUUUGCGCAACUUCAACAAUAAGACAGUGGGCGAGUGCAUGUACGAAACUUCAGGGCCCUGGCCCGAUGAUCUCAUCCCUUCUAAAGAAGUCAUUCAUGGUAUUAUUGGGAUUGUACAGCUAUUUGCACGGUCAUAUUGGACCCGGUGCUGGGUUGUGCAAGAGAUUGCAUUCGCAAAAUCCGUGGUUGCCCUUAUGAUUCGAGCUUUGAAUAUCGCAAAUGUCGGAUACUUACUGAGUGGACUAUACCGGGAGGGGCCCAUAGGCAUAGAUCACUCAGACCAUACUAAAAUGGAUGCGCCGCUUACAGCAGUUGGAGCGAUUUUGAAAAGACAUCGUCGAAAGAUAUCAGCAGAUCCACGAGACAGAAUCUAUAGCCUUGUUAGCUUGAUAGCACCAGAGAAACAGAUUAGGAUCCCAAUUGAUUACAGCUUAGAAACACAGCCUCUCUUUGAGAUGGUAGCUACUUUCAUCGCGACCGAGGAAAAAGAUUUAAGCAUUUUAUCCGAAAACAAGACGUUCUGUUCGAUUGAUUCGGAAGGGAACAAGGUCAAUUCGUACUCUUCUUCCCCGUCUUGGGUUCCGGAAUGGCUUGCCACUGCAGGUCCAGACAAGCAAAUCACUGAAGUUGGCAAAUUGAUGCCUGGUGAGCAUCCCGACUUGAGCUACCUCGAAUUCUUCGAUCCACUCUACAACUGGUGGUCAAUUUUCCAUUCCCUUGGUAAGAGAGAUAUGUUUAACAAGCAUGGAUUUGCAGACUUGGUCAACUACGGGGACUAUUAUAAGCAGUGCGAGAUGUUUCCAGACCUUGCUAUCGUCCAUAAUGACAACCUGUCUCGACAACUCACGAUUCUGUUCUCCGUUUACUUCCCUGACGACAAAACUUGGCUGCCGGAUUUUGAUAGGGAGACUCUCAUCACUGAGGAAGUGAAAACCCGGGCAGAAUCAGCAAUGUGGCGACUCAUAAGGUGGUGUGGGAAACGGAAGAUUAUCGUAGUUGAGAAUUCAAUUGCUGGGAUGGGACCUCAGUGCGCCGAAACCGGGGACAUUGUCGCCAUUAUUCCUGGAUGCAAAGUACCUGUGGUUUUGCGGAAUGCGAAAAGUUCCGGGGACGAAUACUACAACGUAGGCGACUGCUACGUUGAGAACAUCAUGGACGGUCAGGCUAUGAAGGAUAUUGAGAGUGGCUCGAAGUCUUUCGAAACGAUCAAAAUUCUUUGA